CUCAGUCGACAGCAGCGGAGGGUCCAGUUGAUUAGGAUCCACCAGAAGGAAGAGAGGAUGCAGAAAGAAGUGAGGAAGAAGAAGAAGAGACAGAAGCAGUCCCACCACCCUCCUCCAUUUACCACCACCACUAACAAACCCCUCCUCCCUGAGCCUAUCACCUACCACAGGAAACCAAACCACACUCUACGCUUCGAUGGGGACGUGCUGUCUCCUAGUUACAUCGCUAGUUUCCAGGACAGACAAGUGGACAGACAGGGAUACCCUCACCACGGCAGGCCCAUCGCCAGGCACUACAUAGCUGACCGAGACUACGACUGUGGAUCCCAAGUACCCCUGACCGCCCCCAAUGGACCGACUGUACGGGUGUGACAAUGACAACGACCCAUAGUGUUCUGGAGUGGUGCUGUCCGUCCAUUCAAUGUCCAGAAAAUAUCUUCAGUGUCUGGAUUGAACAUUAAUCUCUGGACCGAUUUUUUUCUGAGGUGCGUAUAGACGUUGAUGCAGUCCCUUACCUUCUCUUUCAUUCCACCCUGAAGCAAUCAGUGACCAGAUUGAGAUUGACCUUUGAACCCUGGACUGAUUUAUUGAAAGGCUGUUGAUGUCUUCCGUUCUCUUGUCUUCCAUUCCGUCCUUUAGUCUGUGGUUUUACUUGGGCUGUGUAACAUAUAAACCCUGCUGUGGUUCCUACGUCUCAGCUCUUAAGG